GUGCCAUGCACUCUUAUGUGUUAUUACUUUGCUUUCUCCAUACCACCCAAUACUCGAUGCUUCAGACAACCAGCUUUUCCACCCCCAUUACUUAUGUGCACACACACACGUACUUAAAGAUGGAAUCAUUCAUCAUCAUCCCCAACGCAACCCAUCAUGAAUGGGCCAGAAAUGAAAUUUGGCCAACUCCGCUAGGAUAAAGCUCAAGGCAAGAUCUCCCAUGAACCGCCCUGGCCUGCGGCUUGUUCUUGUGACGAAGCAGAUCGUCAAACAUUAUGCCUUCUGCAUGUGACCAAACCGACAUCGCCUCGCACCGGACUGGUGAUCCCAUGGCCCCAAUCAGCUUGAUGGAAAAGCUGCACGGCCUAUCCCUGAAGGACUCUGCGGGGCUCAUCUGCGGACGCCGAGGGCAUGAUAAGAUUGAGCCAAUAUACCUU